AUGUCUCAACUUCCGGCUCUAGGCCGCACCGCAGCGGUCGGCGACACCACCAUGUCCCAAGCCCAGGUCUCCAUUGAACGCAAAGAGAAAGUCAUCCCUCUCGCCAUGUUCGUUCGCCAGCGCAAGAAGUACAACCGCCUCGCUAUUGAGAGAAACAAGUUGCGCGCCGAACGCAAUGAGCUGGCACGCCAGGUGACCAACGACGUGGUCCCUCGACUCGCGUUUGAGCAAGUCCAGAAGGAUCGGGCCGAUGAACGUGUCCGGACCAGGACGGCUCGCCGCGAGGCCAGAGAGCUGCACUGGGUACUGAUGAAGGAGGCUGAAGUCAGCCGGGACCUCGAGGCCCGCACAUGCGAGGCGGUCCAUCCAGGACUGAACCCCGAGGAUCUCGCAGAGGUCCAGCGCGAGAUUGACCGGCUCCAGCUCGAGAACGAGCGGCUCAAUCUCCGAGCAGCAGAGUAUCCCCAGUGCAAUGAGGUGGAAUAUUGGCGUCUGGAGAACGCCGACCUGCAAUACAGAUAUCGUACCAUCUGGGAAGAGAAGCAGGAGCUCCAAGCCGCCCUUGAUGAAGCCCUGCAGACUGCACCAGUCGAGGCAUCGACCCAGACUCUUGCUUCGAAUGAUGGCACUCAGCACGUCGGAGAAUGCCUCGACACUGCCGAGAACCACGCAAUCGAGAGCGCGUCUGCCGCCGCAACUCAGGAGAAUACUCAAGAAGCGGAGAAUGCCCUGGGAGAGGAGCUUGUUACCAAGUCUGCUUAUAAGGACCAGGGAGAGGAGAACGCUCAGGGAGAGGACACUGCUACCAACGCCGGCAUUGUCGAGCACCCUUCUGAGAGCAUGUCAACCGAGCAUGCCGGAACCAUCGCGGCUGAGGGAGCUGAGACAGACGACGACGACUCGAAGUCGACUGCCCCCUCUGAGAUCCUUGAAGAGGACCACAUCACCGGCUCUGUGUCCUCUUUCCUCCCAGCACCGCCUCCUUCGCGCGCAGAGCAGGACGCCGCGGCCGCAGAGGCAGCAGAGAACAGCGCUGAUAGCCGCUGUGAGAAAUGCCACACCACGACGGAGACCCUGCUGCAGAACUGCGCGAAGUAUCUGCGGGACGUGGAAGCGCAGCAGGACGAGACCGAGUGGCUCGAGCGAGCGCUGGAGUACGAGAAGGAUCGUAAUGCCGAGCUGGAGAAGGAGGUGGAAGAGCUCAAGCUCUACCGUUUUUUCACAGGCUACGCAAUUGCCAGAGGGAUUGUAACACUCGGCAACAUACUGCAAGGUCUGGCUGGCCGCCCCAGAACUGAGUAGACCGUGCCCGUGCAGGUCCGCUCAAGCGAAGGUCAGGGAUCACAAAGCAGCACACUGAGUCAUUUCCCAUCCAGGUUGGGACUACAAGGGUAUUAUGCGUGAUGACAGCCUUCACCUCACAAUCCCAUUCAUGUACAGGACCUGGUUGGCGGGGUAGUUGCAAGGUAAAUACCCCGAGAAGAUUUGAGGCAAGACUUUCGAGAUACGGUCGUCGGAAUUGUUGCCUGAACGAGAAGAUGUUGCGGUUGAGGAAGAACAGCAAGGACUUUCAGAAGAAACAAGUUGUGAAUAUGGCAAGGAGAUUCUCAUAGCAACGACAGAUCAGAUAACCCAGCAUUACUGCACGAGUAUGC